GGGGAGUGGUCUGUGCCACGCUUUCCUUGACUCACGUGUAAAGAGAAACACACUGUUCUCAUCUCAGUGUCCACUUGGGACGACGCUUCUCCCCUCAUCAAACGCUGCGUCUGGAGCGUGCGAGCUGAACCGCUGCUGUUGGUGUCGUGCUGCCGGAGAUCUAUUCGCCUCCUCCUCUCGUCGCCUUCCAUUCGCCUGAAGAGCCAAACGAGAAGAAGGAAAUACAGACUUGGCCGGGGAAAUAUCCUUCUCCCCCCCCUCCUCUCCACUACACUCCGCCGGCAACCGACUUGGAAGAAAGGGACUCUAUGACCUUGGAAAAUGAAGCUGUUACCAUGGGAACUGUUAAUCCUUCUGUCACUCAAAGAGUGCCUGGCUGGGUCUGUGGCGUGGCAUCGCGCCCCCUCCAGUGCUCGGGCCUCCCACGCCCAGAGCCCCCGCCAUGGCCCCGUGUUCACCCAGGAGCCCAGUGACAGUGUGCUGCCCCUGGGCGCCCAUGAUAACCAGGCCUUCAUCAACUGCAAGGCCAAAGGGAACCCUCCGCCACGCUACAAGUGGAGGGUGGACGGAAGGGAGGUCAACCCCGCCCAGGACCCCAGCUACAGCCUGGUCGAGGGGAACUUGUUGAUCAGAGACCCCCUAGCCACGCAGCACGGGGGGGUGUACCAGUGUAUCGCCACCAACGCCAUAGGGACCGUCGUCAGCAAGGAGGCCAAGAUCAAGUUUGCAUUUCUACAGAACUUCAGCCGGAAGUUGAGGAACACGGUGUCGGUGCGAGAGGGCCAGGCGGUGGUUCUGCUGUGUGGUCCGCCCCCCCACAGCGGAGAGAUCAAGUAUUCGUGGGUGUUCAACGCGCAGCCCCGGUUCCUUCUGCAGGACAGCCGACGCUUCGUGUCCCAGCGCACAGGGAAUCUGUACAUCGCCAAGGUGGAGGCGUCAGAUGUGGGCAACUACACCUGUGUGGUGAGGAACACCAUGAACAACGCCACGGCCUUCAGCUCCCCCACGCCUGUUGUGCUGCGCACGGAUGCCGUGAUGGGCGAAUACGAACCCAAGAUCGAGGUGCAGUUCCCGGAGAGCCUUCACGUUCCCACAGGGUCCUCGGUUAAGCUGGAAUGCUUUGCCUUGGGAAACCCCGUGCCCUCCAUCUCCUGGCGGCGGGCUGACGGCAGUCCUCUGGCGGGGAAGAUCCAGAUCCACCACUCCAGCGGGGUGCUGGAGAUCCCCUACUUCCGGCCCGAGGACGAGGGGCAGUACGAGUGCGUGGCCGAGAACAGCAGGGGGAGGAACGUGGCCCGGGGGCGGCUCCUCUUCCAGAACGUUGAACACCUGCAGUGGCUCCAGACGUUGAAGGAUGCUAACAUCGCAAUCGAGGCUAAUCUGCAGUGGGAGUGUAAAGCCAGCGGCAAGCCGACGCCCACCUACAGAUGGUUGAAGAACGGGCAGCCGAUGGCACCCGGGGAAAGGAUUCACAUAGAAGAUGGGAGGCUGGGCAUAGCCAGUGUCUCUCUCACCGACUCGGGGAUGUAUCAGUGUCUGGCGGAGAAUGAACACGGUGCCAUUUAUGCCAGCGCAGAGCUCAAGGUUGUGGCCUCUGCGCCGGACUUCUCCUGGACCCCCGUGAAGAAGUCCACCCUGGUCCAGCGUGGGGGGGAAGUGGUCCUGGAGUGUCGCCCGCGGGCCGCUCCCAAGGCCUUCAUCUCCUGGAGGAGAGGCGGAGGAGGGGAGCUACUGAAGGACACCAGGAGACGGGCGAUCAAGGAGGACGGCUCACUGCGCAUCACCAACACCAGCCAAUCGGACGCAGGGCGGUACACGUGCGUGGCCCAGAACAUUUUCGGAACGUCAAGCAGCUCCGGCUCGCUGGUGGUAAAAGAACCCACCAGGAUUGUGGUGCCCCCGCUGGCCCUGGACGCCACAGUGGGCCAGAGCGUUGUGCUGCCCUGCGAGGUUGUAAGCGACCCUACGCUGGAACCCGUCUUCAAGUGGUUCCUCAACGGCAAGCCCAUCGACCUGGGCCAUCGGCGGGAACACUUUGAGAUGAUCGGAGGGGUGUCGGCAGGUGACCUGAUGGUACGUAACGUUCAGCUGAAGCAUUCUGGGAAAUAUGUAUGCAAGGUGCACACAGUGGUUGACAGCGUGUCGGCUGCAGCAGACCUGAUUGUCAGAGGGCCGCCGGGGGCCCCUGUGGACCUGGUUGUAAGCAGGAUUACCGACACCAGCGUACAGCUCUCUUGGGGGUCUGGACCCGACAACCACAGCCCCAUCACCAGCUACACGUUGCAGGCCAGGACCCCCUACUCUAUAGGCUGGCAGACCGCCCAGACAGUUCCUGAUUGUGUGCCUGGACAGAUGUCGCACGCCACAGUGACAGGUUUGAAACCCUGGGUGGAACAUGAGUUCAGGGUUGUGGCAAUCAACGGUGUGGGCGUUGGGGAGCCCAGCAUGCCAUCCCGACACGUUCAAACUAAAGCCGCAGUUCCUGAGGUGGCCCCAGUGAACGUGAGAGGGGGGGGCGGCAGCGGGGGAGAGCUCGUUAUCUCCUGGGAGCCCAUCCCAGAGGAGCUGCAGAGCGGCGAGGACCUGGGCUACGUUGUGGCGUUCCGGCCGCAGGGGUCCGGCGUGUGGUCCCAGGCCGUGCUGGCCUCGCCCGACGCCUCCCGCUACGUGUACUGGAACGACAGUGUCGCUCCCCUGUCCCGCUAUGAGGUGAAAGUAGGGGUCUACAACGCCGUGGGCGAGGGGCCGUUCAGCCCCAUGGUCACAGUGCUCUCCGCCGAAGACGAGCCCUCGGAGGCACCGUCCAGAGUGUGGGCCAGGAGCGUGUCGUCCUCAAAGAUUGAGGUGUACUGGGAACCGGUGCCACCAGGUCCUGGCAGUGGACGGAUCACUGGAUAUGAGGUCCUCUGCUGGGAGGAGGGUACGGAGCAGAGCGCAGGAGAGGGGAUGAGGGUGGCAGAGGGAGACCCAGGGCCAAUGGGGGCUCUGUUCUCCGGCCUGAAGUCCAGCGCCGUGUACCUAGUCACUGUCCGGGCACGCAACACUGCCGGCCUCGGCCCCCCCAGUGCCCCUUGUAACAUCACCACCAAGAAACCCCCUCCAAGUCAGGCCCCAGGCAGUAUUGAGUGGAACCUUACGAACUCCCGGAUCUUUCUGAAUUGGGAACACGUCAAAGCGCUGGAAAAUGAGUCCGAAGUGACAGGGUAUAAGGUGGUGUACCGGGAGACCUGGAAGGGAAGAACUCGCAUCCUGGAGACCAACAGGACCAGCGUGGAGCUUCAGGUCCCCUCCGACGAGGAGCAGGACUACCUUAUCCACAUCAAAGUCCUGACAGACGGCGGCGACGGCGGCAGCAGCGGCCCCAUCCGGAUACCAAAGAUGUCAAGUCUUAACUCAAAAGGAAGCGACGACCCAACAUCGAGAUGGAUUUGUUGUUUUGUACUUUUGAUAGUCUCACUGAUGUCCUAUUAGCAAUGUCUCUGUCUAGUGAGCACACUGUUUAGCAGUCACUGCCUCUCCUUGUUGAUAAAUGAGAGCAGCAACUCUUCUCAACCACAUGAUAUGCAUAUUAAAAUAGGUGACGGAUCGUUCUUUUGUAAAAGUUGUAAUCAAAAGAUAUAUAGCUGGACUAUUGCUUGUGUCAGUUUCAGAUUGUGAUCAAGGUUGUAUUGAUUUGAUGCGGGGGGUUUUCUGGUGACACUCUGUAGUGCAUAGGGUUUAAAGGGACCUGUUCUAAGGUUGAUUGUAUAAUUUCUUAAGCCUUAUACUCUCACCUGCUUUCCUUGAAGCAUCGUGCUACUAACCUUUCCAGCCUUGAGCAGGCUCCAUUUUCCUUCUCAAAAAUAACCCUUCUCCUUGUUGUUAGCGCAAGUAUGUGAAACAUUUUGCAUAUUUCUUCGUUACUUUCGUUCGCGCCAGCUCCAAUGUGAUUUCCACAUGCAAAGUCAAGAGUAAAGGGAUGUGAGAUGCUCUGGUUGAGGGGAUUAUACAAAGAAACAGCAAUGUGGAGACAAGUUCUUCUUAUUAAACGAUCCAAGUAUGGAGAAAGCAGCUCUUUCAGAGAGGUUCACAGAUUUCUAAGUAGAGCCAAUUCUCAAAAGUACUUGCUGUUAAUAGAAGGCUAAUUUCCCAUUUUUAAAUGCUGCCUUAAAAAUUCAACGAGAUCAUAAUAAUUUCUCAAUUUGCUUUGAAACAAAUUAUCCUGUUGGGAUCUAUAUCGCUGAAAGGUCACGCUUAUCAAUGGCAUGGGGGUAGUCUUGUAUUUUUCUCUCUCAUUCUUGUUAUUGUCCCUGUACAUGUCCUUGAUUAGUUGUCUGGCUCUGAAAAUGCAUUGCAUUUCUGUCAAAAUAUUUCAGAAAGCAUAUUCAUUCUAAAUGUAUGUCUUCCACAGUGCAAUAUGUACAUGACAUUUACUUUUAGCAGAUGCGUUUAUUCAAAGCGACUUACAAAAAUACCUUGGCAGUUAAGAUGCGGCACUAGGAUAUGCAUUAUUUACUGUGUAUGUGUGUUUUGUGUGAAUGUAUGUGUGACUGUUUGCAUGCGCUCAGCGUCCUUACAUUAUUUUUCUUCCUUAUUUUUGUUGACAAUUAAGCAGCCAAUCAACACAAUUAGUGGAACACCUACUGUUCUUCAAACACACACACACACAGAAACACACACACACACACACACACACACACACACACACACACACACACACACACACACACACACACACACACACACACACACACACACACACACACACACACAUCCAUGGUAUGUGGCUUUCAAUGUAAUUGGGUAAAGCUGGUAAUAAUAGAGGAAGGCUACUGCCAUGCUGUGUAGCUCAGUUCCAUUCUCAUAUUGUUCUGUUGAUAGAACAACACAACCCCAACAUUUGUUUUUUCCUUUUCUGUUUAAAUUAAAACAAAAUAUUGAAAUGUC